CUGCUGAAUUUCAAAUAGUUAGUUUCACCAAUAAGAUACGAAGACUUACUUCACAUUUGGAAUUGCACAAAAAAGACUAUUUAUCUCAGAGAGGUCUACGUAAAAUUCUAGGAAAACGUCAACGACUGCUAUCUUAUUUAUCAAAGACAAAUAAAAUACGUUAUAAAGAAUUAAUUGGUGAGUUGGAUAUUCGGGAAUCAAAAAAUCGUUAAUUUGCAAAUUUUGAAUUAGUCGAUUUAUUAGAUUUUCAUUUUGAUGUACUUGUUUUCGUUUUCAACAAUUCAUGUAAGAAUGAAUCGAGGAAAACUUAUGAAUCUAUCAGCUACAGAAAAAGACCUUAUGAUAGUCAAUAUGGGGCCUCACCACCCAUCAAUGCAUGGUGUUCUUCGUCUCAUCGUUACUCUAGAUGGUGAAGAUGUUGUUGACUGUGAACCAAUAUUAGGUUAUUUACACAGAGGAAUGGAAAAAAUUGCGGAAAACCGAACAAUUAUACAAUAUUUGCCUUAUGUAACGCGUUGGGAUUAUUUAGCCACUAUGUUCACGGAAGCAAUAACCGUAAAUGGACCAGAACAGUUGGGGAAUAUUCAAGUCCCUAAAAGGGCCAGCUAUAUCAGAGUAAUUAUGUUGGAGUUGAGUCGUAUAGCUUCUCAUCUAUUAUGGCUUGGACCUUUUAUGGCAGAUAUUGGUGCACAGACCCCCUUUUUCUAUAUUUUCAGAGAAAGAGAAUUAGUAUAUGAUCUAUUCGAAGCUGCCACCGGUAUGAGAAUGAUGCAUAAUUAUUUUCGUAUCGGAGGAGUGGCGGCCGAUCUACCUUACGGCUGGCUAGAUAAAUGUUUGGAUUUCUGUGAUUAUUUUUUAACAGGAAUUGUUGAAUAUCAAAAACUUAUUACGCGAAAUCCUAUUUUUUUAGAACGAGUUGAAGGGAUAGGCGUUAUUGGUGGAGAAGAAGCAAUAAAUUGGGGUUUAUCCGGCCCAAUGCUACGAGCAUCUGGAAUCAAAUGGGAUCUUCGGAAAGUUGAUCAUUAUGAGUGUUACGACGAAUUUGAUUGGGAAAUCCAGUGGCAAAAAGAAGGAGAUUCAUUAGCUCGUUAUUUAGUCCGAAUCAGUGAAAUGACGGAAUCUAUAAAAAUAAUUCAACAGGCCCUGGAAGGAAUUCCGGGUGGUCCCUAUGAGAAUUUAGAAAUCCGAUGCUUUGAUCGAGAAAGGGAUCCAGAAUGGAAUGAUUUUGAAUAUCGAUUCAUUAGUAAAAAACCUUCUCCCACAUUUGAAUUACCGAGACAAGAACUUUAUGCGAGAAUGGAAGCCCCAAAGGGAGAAUUAGGAAUUUUUCUGAUAGGGGAUCAAAGCGGUUUUCCUUGGAGAUGGAAAAUUCGCCCGCCGGGUUUUAUCAAUUUGCAAAUUCUUCCUCAGUUAGUUAAAAGAAUGAAAUUGGCUGAUAUUAUGACGAUACUAGGUAGCAUAGAUAUCAUUAUGGGAGAAGUGGAUCGUUGAAAUGAUAAUUUAUACGACAGAAGUAGAAGAUAUCAAUUCCUUUUACACAUUGGAAUCUUUAAAAGAGGUCUAUGGGAUCAUAUGGAUGUUGGUCCCUAUUUUGACUCUUGUAUUGGGAAUCACAAUAGGUGUACUAGUAAUUGUAUGGUUAGAAAGAGAAAUAUCUGCAGGAAUACAACAACGUAUUGGGCCUGAAUAUGCCGGUCCUUUGGGCAUUCUUCAAGCGCUAGCAGAUGGAACAAAACUGCUUUUCAAAGAAAAUAUUCUUCCAUCUAGAGGCAAUACUCGUUUAUUUAGUAUUGGACCGGCUAUAGCAGUCAUAUCAAUUUUACUAAGUUUUUCAGUAAUUCCUUUUAGCUCUCGCCUUAUUUUAGCCGAUCUCAAUAUCGGUAUUUUUUUAUGGAUUGCCAUUUCAAGUAUUGCUCCCGUUGGACUUCUUAUGUCAGGAUACGGAUCAAAUAAUAAAUAUUCCUUUUUAGGUGGUCUGCGAGCUGCUGCUCAAUCGAUUAGUUAUGAAAUACCAUUAACUCUAUGUGUUUUAUCAAUAUCUCUACGUGCGAUUCGUUGAACUAGAAACUUUUAUUUUACCUAUUCCUUUCGUUCUAGAAAAUAAGUUGAGUUGAUAAACUAAAUUAGAUAGUUAUAUAUGAGUGAAAGAAAGCAGCUUAUAAAUUCGCAGUAAAUUAAACAAAAAAAUAGAAUCUCAUUUCCUAUGUACAAAAGUUAAGUGGAAGAAAACGUAAGCGGAAGAAGUCUUUACCCCAAGACGGGUUGAUUAGUCAAUCUAGCUUGAAGCGGGCUCAAAAGAUCAACCGUAUAGAGUUUUCGCUAUCCUUUGUAUGGAUUCCCAUACAUGUAUUGCUAAACAAACGGGGGAUUGAACAAAAAACGAGUGGAUGGUUAGGAACACCAAAAUACAUAAAGGAUUGGUAAUGGAGAUUAUGUAAAUUAUAUAAAAAGAGACUUCUGGAUAACAUAAAAAGAAUACUAAUUGGGGCUUUAAAUUCGUAGAAAUGACUAGGCAGUACUCCCCAUGAUUCCGGUCCAGAGUAUCCUCCUAUCUGCCGAUUAAAGUAAUGACUAUCAGGAACGAAAUAAUCCUUUACUAUUUUUUAGUUUAAGCCCCAUUCGUGGUUUUAUCAGAUCCGAAAGCAGAAUAGGAACGAAAAAGAAACAAUAAAGAAUAAAAAAGAAAUCUUUUUUUUUAUUCUUUCUUUCAUAGAUAUAGAGAGAUCUAAUCCGUGUCAUGAUUUAUGAGCUAAUGGAAUGUUUCAUUUUUUUCGUAAUAGAAAACAAUGGGUUGAAAUAUCUAUUGAUAUUCUACAAGAAGUAUUUUAUUGAAGGCUUAAGUUAUUACUCAACAAAUAAAAAUUGAAAUUAUGAAUGGGCGAGAUCAAUUCAGAAGCACUUUUUUUUUAUUCUUCAGAAUAUAGCAGACGGAAUUCCAUUGGUAUAAUUUUGGACCUUCCAAUCUAUUUUUUCUCUAUCUAUUCUACAACCAUACGAAGAUAAAUAAUACUGAUUCGGUCCUAAAAUUUAUUUGUGACCCACGAGGAGCCGUAUGAGGUGAAAAUCUCAUGUACGGUUUUGGACUAGCGAUGUAAACAGUGAUGUUAUCAUCGACUAUAAUUAUCUAACAGUUCAAGUACAGUUGAUAUAGUUGAGGCGCAAUCAAAAUAUGGUUUUUGGGGAUGGAAUUUGUGGCGUCAGCCAAUAGGGUUUAUCGUUUUCUAAUUUCUUCUCUAGCGGAAUGCGAGAGAUUACCUUUUGAUUUACCAGAAGCGGAGGAAGAAUUAGUAGCAGGGUAUCAAACCGAAUAUUCAGGUAUCAAAUUUGGUUUAUUUUACGUUGCUUCCUAUCUAAAUCUAUUACUUUCUUCGUUAUUUGUAACAGUUCUUUACUUGGGGGGUUGGAAUAUUUCCAUUCCGUACGUAUUCGCCCCUGAGCUAUUUGAAAUAAAUAAAAUAAAUGGAAUCAUUGGAACGACAAUUGGUAUCUUUAUUACAUUAGCUAAAACUUAUUUGUUUUUGUUUAUUUCUAUCGCAACACGAUGGACUUUACCUAGGUUAAGAAUGGACCAAUUAUUAAAUCUCGGGUGGAAAUUUCUUUUACCCAUUUCUCUCGGUAAUCUAUUAUUAACAACUUCUUUCCAACUUCUUUCACUGUAAAGAAAAAAAGAAUCUGAGAUUCAUGACUUGGUUCAAACAAGAGAAAGAAACAAACAUAAAAUUAUUCAUAGAUAUUCACGAUAUGUUCCCUAUGGUAACUGGGUUCAUGAAUUAUGGCCACCAAACAGUCCGAGCAGCAAGGUACAUUGGUCAAGGUUUCAUGAUUACCUUAUCCCACGCAAAUCGUUUACCCGUAACUAUUCAAUAUCCUUAUGAAAAAUUAAUCACAUCAGAGCGUUUCCGCGGACGAAUCCAUUUUGAAUUUGAUAAAUGCAUUGCUUGUGAAGUAUGUGUUCGUGUAUGCCCUAUAGAUCUACCCGUUGUUGAUUGGAAAUUUGAAACGGAUAUUCGAAAAAAACGAUUGCUUAAUUACAGUAUUGAUUUCGGAAUUUGUAUAUUUUGUGGUAACUGCGUUGAGUAUUGUCCAACAAAUUGUUUAUCAAUGACUGAAGAAUAUGAACUUUCUACUUACGACCGUCACGAAUUGAAUUAUAAUCAAAUUGCUUUGGGCCGUUUACCAAUGUCAGUAAUUGACGAUUAUACAAUUCGAACAAUUUUGAAUUCAAUUCAAAGAAAAACUCAGUAAGUAAACCUCCUGUUCUAUUAAAGUAAAGAGAAAUUUCCCAUUCAUUCUUUUAAGGUUCCGUUUUGGUUUAAGUUAAAAGACUGUUUGGUUUGAAUUAAAAAAAGAAUGAGGCCUUUGGUCAAUAAAUAAAAAUUCAAUUACAAAUUAACAGGUUGAUAAGAAUUUCGGAUUCCUUUUUAUUGAAAAUUAAAAUAUAUUAAUAUAUUCGUAAUUAUUUCGAAAUAUAUAGUUUCAAAAAACAAAAUACCCUUUUCUUUUGAACAAAAAAGAAUCAAAAACGAAACUAUCCAAUAAUUGUGCUUAGAGCAAUUCACGCCUAAUAGAUUAGGAUUUUAUUCAAUUAGGAACGUAUCAUAAAAAAAAAUUCCUGGUCGGGUCAAUAAGAUCAUGAAAAGCAUUUCGAUUUAUUUAUCUCUUAUUUUACACAGAAUGGAUUUGCCUGGACCAAUACACGAUUUUCUUUUAGUUUUUCUGGGAUCGGGUCUUAUAUUAGGAGGCCUGGGAGUGGUAUUACUUACCAAUCCAAUUUAUUCUGCCUUUUCAUUGGGAUUGGUUCUUGUUUGUAUAUCCUUAUUUUAUAUUCUCUCAAAUUCUCAUUUUGUAGCUGCUGCCCAGCUCCUUAUUUAUGUGGGAGCCAUAAAUGUUUUAAUCCUAUUUGCUGUGAUGUUCAUGAAUGGUUCAGAAUAUUAUAAAGAUUUUAAUCUGUGGACCAUUGGGAAUGGCCUUACUUCGUUGGUUUGUACAAGUAUUCUUGUUUCGCUAAUUACUACUAUAUUAGAUACAUCAUGGUACGGGAUUAUUUGGACUACAAGAUCAAAUCAAAUUAUAGAACAAGAUUUGAUAAGUAAUAGUCAACAAAUUGGAAUUCAUUUAGCAACCGAUUUUUUUCUUCCAUUUGAAUUCAUUUCAAUAAUUCUUUUAGUUGCUUUGAUAGGUGCAAUUGCUGUGGCUCGUCAGUAAUAAAUCUUUCUAACUAGGAAUAGCAAGCAAUCAAAAUGAAACCUUUUUCUGUUUUUUCUGUCUUAUCGCAUCCAUUUUCUUUGAAUUCUAUUUGAAUAUUGCUCGUGUAUAAAAUAGAAAUUCGUUGAUUCGAUAUAUUUCCAAUAGAUUCUUUUUUUUUGUUAUACUCUAGUCAAUCAAAUCUGUUGAAUUAUUGUUCAUAUUAAUAAUGAAUCGAAAUUGAUAAGGAGUUGGUCAAUGAUGCUCGAACAUAUACUUGUUUUGAGUGCCUAUUUAUUUUCUAUCGGUAUUUAUGGAUUGAUCACGAGUCGAAAUAUGGUUAGGGCCC